AGAUACAUAAAGAGCAUGCCCCCAUAACCCAAAAGAUACAACAUCAACGAGUCACUGUCAAUCCACUCGGUCGGGAGCGUUCCAUAUAACUCUUCCCAUCUGUCUCUAACUCUAAGCCCAACCCCAAGAGUCCAAAACCAGAACCAAAACCAAAGCCGAAUCAAAAAGCCAAACGCUUUCUUAAUUUUCUCCUUGCUAUGUUAUGUGUGGAACCCACUUUACCACCCCAACCAGCGGCGCUAUUAGUCUUUACUUGGUUUCCAAGCUCACCCACCUUCUCUUUUUCUCCCUGUUUCUCUCUCUUUCUAUCUCUAUCUCUAUCUCUUCUCUUCUCUUCUCUUCUCUUCUUUUCUCCAUUUUAAUAACAACUAUAAACGAAACAAAUCCCUUUUCUUUCUUCUUGCUCUUCUUUCUCAUAUUGUUACUCUUUAAAAAUCCUCCAAUCAUAACCCAUAACCCAUACUUACCCUAAAUAGAUAUUUAAAUACACUAGAAGAUAUGAAAGGUGAAUAUGUAGAAGCGCAACACCAUCACCAUCAUCAAGGAAAGCAUGAAAACACUCUUAACAUGUUCUCUAAACUCCAAUCUCACCACCACCACCACCACCAACAACACCACCACCUUCCUUUCUCUCAGCACUUCCCGCUUUCUCGUGAUUCUGAAGACGAUGAUACUAGAAGUACCGGUGCUGCUGCGGCUGUAACCACCCCCUCCACCGCUGCUGCUGCUGCUGCCGCCGCCAUCACCCCCACCCAGAAACAGAAACCGAUUGAACCUAAUAGUAGCGGCGGUACUGAUGGUGCUACCAUUGAAGUUGUUCGCCGGCCUAGAGGUAGACCGCCUGGUUCUAAGAAUAAACCUAAACCGCCUGUUAUUAUUACGCGUGAUCCUGAACCUGCUAUGAGUCCUUACAUUCUUGAAGUUCCUGGUGGAAGCGACGUCGUUGAAGCUAUUUCUCGCUUUUGUCGCCGUAAGAAUAUUGGAAUCUGUGUCCUUACAGGAUCUGGUACCGUCGCGAAUGUCACUCUACGUCAACCGUCGACGACUCCGGGGUCUACUAUUACCUUUCAUGGCAGAUUUGAUAUUUUAUCGAUCUCAGCUACUUUUAUGCCUCAGACGGUGUCGUAUCCAGUGCCUAAUACUUUCACUAUUUCUCUGGCGGGUCCUCAGGGCCAGAUCGUAGGUGGUCUAGUUGCUGGUAGUUUGGUAGCGGCUGGUACGGUGUAUGUUGUGGCAGCGACGUUGAAUAAUCCGAGUCAUCACCGAUUACCGGCUGACGAAGAAGGGAGAAAUUCUGGUUCUGGUGGUGGUGGUGGUGGUGAAGGUAGCUCACCGGCUGUGUCUGGUGCCGGUGGAGGCGGAGGAGAUAGUGGACAUACUCAAGGUGGUGGCGGAGGAGAUUCUUGUGGAAUGGUUAUGUACAGUUGUCAUUUGCCUUCUGAGGUUAUCUGGGCACCCACUGCAAGGCCACCACCGCCUCCACCGCCUUAUUAAAGUUACUCACUAGUCACUGUGAAUUUGAAGAGGGUAUUUUUGCUUUUUUUUUUUUAACUUUUUUUUUAAAAAAUUAGGUGUUUCCUUCGAUGUUCAUUAUCAUCAUAUCAUAUCAUCACUUCUGUUUAAUUGAAUUUCCUCUUUCAUGUUAAUGUAAUGCAGUAGUGAUUUUAGCUAAGAAAAACAGUGUAGCUUCCUCCUCUUUUUAGAAAAAAGAAAUUAUUUAUUUUUAUGUUGUUUAAGCUA